AACUGUCAACGUCAAUCGAAAUUUUCCUUACGUAUUGUUUAUUUUUGCAAAUGGGUACCUAUUUGCAAAUAUCUAAACACUUAUCUGAUAAAAGUAACACAAAUCUUUGAAACACUAAGUUUGAAUCAUAGUAAGAGAGCCAUGAAACGAUUCAAACGGCAUAAAAUAAAGCGGGAGGAGCCCGAAACGUCGCAGGCUCGAAAUGAAGAACACGAUUUAGCUUACUAUAUUCAUGAUCGAGUUGAACUGAUGCAUCAAGUAUUUUCUGUCUUGAAGCAUAAGGAGCUACGAGCUAUGGCUCCGGAGUGCGUGCGACAUAUAUCCAUUGACGAUCUGCAGGAAUUAUGCACUGAAGAGCUGCUGGGGAUAAGUUCCAAGCGUCUCUGUGCAAUACUGGAUGGUGCAGAGCCACCAUCCAACACAGAGUCAUCUAGCUCAUCUCCAGAACGGAUGGAGACAAUAUCACUGGACAGCAUAUCCUCUGACGAGGAGAUACUAAGUGAGACAAGCCAGAAGAAAAGUAAAAAGCACAAACACAAGCACCACAAGACGAAGCACAAGCGGAGCCCGACGCGCGAGGGCGAAGACCCACGGGCGUCGCGGGCCGGCCUCACCGUGCUCGAGCUGCUCGAGCUGCAGGCGAGGGCGCGGGCGAUACGCGCGCAACUGCAGAGGGCUGCUGUGCCAACAGAAGCAGAAACCACCAAUGUACAAACGUCAGAUGAUGAUGAUGAAGUGGUGAUCAAGGAGGAAGCACCUGAGGUUGUCGAGAUCAGCAGCGAGGAUGAGAAACCCAGUGUACAGGAACUGGACAAAAAUUUAAAAAGUAAUGGAGAGAAAUCAAGUGAAAAUGCAAAAACAGUCACUAAGAAAAUCAAUGAUUUGAUCAUUACAGUACCUCAGUCGAAACCAACGAGAAAAAUUAAAUUAAACAGAACCAAAUCCGUUAAAAAAGGCGACGAAGUCUCUAAAACAAGCGCAGUAGAAAUUGCUGCAGUUCCCACUGAGAGCAAAGAACAGCAAAAAGAAAAGAAAACAAAGAAAAAGCAAAGGAAAAAAGAUAAAUCGAAAAACAAAGACGGAAGUGAUCAAGAUGAGAUUACUUUGCAACUGUCAGACACGGAAAAAAUGGAUCUAUUAGAGGAUUUAGAUAGAAAAAGUGCGACAAGCGAAGAUUCUGAAAGUAGCUCGAGCUCUGAUGAUGUUAGUUCAGAUAGUUCAGAUGAUGGUCAAAAAUCUAGCAACAAUAAUGCGAAAGAUGUUAAAGUUACAAAACCUUUAAAUAAGAAAGAAGAAGGUCACGUCAACCCUAAUUCCAUGGAGGCUGAUAUCAAACUUGAUAAAGGCGUUACGAUGGUUGAAGAUAUGGUAUUGAAUGAAUCCAACAAAAAUGAUGAGAUGGUAGUUGAACAAAGUGAAACUCAGGAUGUGUCAGUAACUAAAGACGCAGAUGACUCUCUUAAAAAAAUCGUCAACGAUGGAACAAAUGAUGAUGUCCAAAAAACGGAAAGAAAUGAAAAAAUGGACGUAGAUGCUACAACCGAAGAUAUAACAGAAAACUCACAAUCAAAAGAAACUCCUAAAGAUGUAGAAGAAGGCGAAAUAACCGAACAAAGCCGAAAUUUAUCCGACGGUGAAAUAUCACAGGAGAGUGUAGAUGUAAAACAAUCAGUAUCAAACACGCAAGAGGUCGUAUGCAUUUCUGACGAUGAGAAGAAAAGCAAAAAGAAGAAGAAGGAGAAAAAAAAGAAAUCUAAGAAGUCGGAUUUUCGGGAGAGCGCUGAUCAGAAUUUCUAUAAAAAACCAGAUACAACGGAUUCUGUAAAUACAGAUGCUAGAAUUAUAGACACGGAUGUAACAGAUACAAAAGCAGAUAUUAUACUAAUAGCAGAUAAAGAAAAAGUUACAGACACCAAUUGCACAGAUGAUGUAUUCGAGUAUUUAGAGCUAUCUGACGAUUCCUCUUGUUGCGAAGUUGAAGGCGUAUCUGUAUUAUCAAAAGAACCGACCGCACAAGAAAUUGCCGCACUCUCAGCAAAAAUCGACGAAAUAGAGAGAGAAGAAGUGAUCACGGAGGAAGAGAUUAGAGAAUAUGAACAAUUGGAAGCUAAUAAAGAUAAAGAUUCAGAACAAGUAGAAAAUAUAUCGUGGAAAGAUAGAUAUUUGGAAAGUAAGAAAGUUAAAAAUGUACUCAAUACUGCAAAUAUUUUGAACGCUAUGAGAAAGAAAAAUAAAGAAUUAAAACAUAAAAUGGAACAAGCUAAAAAAGAAAACGUAGAAACCAAAGAGGCAGAAGUUCCGCAAGAAGUAGCGACUGCUUCUGGUGUUGUUGAAGGAUCUAUAGAUCAUUAUAACACGUUAGAAGGAUCCACGAAAUUUGUAGAUCCAAUUAAAGAUGUGGAAGAAAGAAAAGUUUCGAAGGAAAUGGAAAAAGAUGCGAAACAAUUGUUGAAAAUGUAUAAAAAACUGCUAAAGUAUAAUGAUAUGAAUAAAAAGAAAGAUCCGAACAAAAAGAAAAAGAAAAAACAGAAGAAGAACAAAGAUAAGGAUAAAAAUAGUAAUUAAUUUAAUGACAUAUGUAUAACGCAAUAUAUUAUGCUUAAAAAGGAC